GAAUUUCCUAUAACCAUGUCUGCAAAUAAACUCUCGAUUUCUUUGCUUUUAUGCCUUAUUGGGGCAGCUUCUGGUGGUUCUGCUAAUAAAUUACGCCCAGACUUUUAUAAUUUACAAUGUCCCCUGGCACUUCAAAUCAUUAAGGAAGAAGUAACCACUGCUUUGAGGAAGGAACCUACCAUGGGUUUAGCCUUCUUCAGUCUUCAUUUCACUGAUUGCUUUGUUCAAGGAUGCGAUGCAUCUAUUCUGUUAAAAGACACACAGAAUUUCACGGGCGAACAAAGUGCUGUUCCCGAUGCUGGUUCUACAAAUGGCACGGAUAUCAUAGAGAAGAUAAAGGGUAGACUGGAAGAACUGUGCCCUGGUGUUGUUUCUUGCGCUGACAUUGUAGCUGUUGCCGCAAGAGAUUCUGUUGUUGCUCAAGGUGGACCAAGUUGGAACGUUCGAUUGGGUAGAAGAGACUCAACAACUGCUAAUAUAAGUGCCGUUUCAACAGAUUUACCUUCUCCCUUUAUGAAUCUUUCUGAACUUCUUGCUACAUUCGGCAAAAAGAAUUUCACAGCCAAAGAAAUGGUUGCUUUUACAGGUGUUCACACCGUAGGCUUUGUCAGAUGCUUAUUCUUCAGAACAAGGAUUUAUAACGAAAGCAAUAUUGAUCCCUCGUUUGCAAGAUCAUUGCAAGAAAAGUGUCCCUUCGUAGGUGGUGAUGAUAACUUAGCUCCUUUAGAUCGUUCUACUCCAACCCUAUUUGACAAUGCUUAUUACAAGAAUUUAUUGGUGAAAAAGGGUCUCUUACACUCUGAUCAAGAGCUCUAUAAUGGUGGUUCCACGGAUUCAAUAGUUGAAUUUUAUGCAUCCAACGCUUUACGCUUCAGAAGAGAUUUUCCUAACACAGCGAUCAAGAUGGGAAACUUUGGUCCUCUUACUGGCACUCAUGGCCAAAUCAGAAAACAGUGCAGUAAAGUUAACUGA